AUGGACAUGCUUGCUCGUGUUGUGACACAGAGUGCUGAGCAGACCCGCCAGAUGCAUGAGACGCUGGACCUGCUUGCGCGGCGAAAUGUGAAUGAGAAUGGGAUGUGGGCUAAGCUGAUAAGCAAACCCGAGCAGUUCAAACCAAAGAAUAGGGAGGAGGAAUUGGUGCAGUUUCCGGAUUGGGCAUGGAGCUUUAAACAAUAUCUUCGGGUGGUGAGUCCUUCCGCAUGCACCUUGCUAGAUGAGAUUGAAGCGAAUCCGAAUGACAUUUGCGACCAUGACACAAUGAUGGAUGAGGCUGUCGAGCAUUCUCGACAGAUGUACUCCCUACUUGCUUCCCUUCUCCGCGAGAGGCCACAACAACUGCUUCGAUCUGUUCCUGAAGGGAAUGGAUGUGAGACUUGGCGCCUCUUGGUCUCAACCCUUGCACCCUCUUCGAAAUCCCGUUCGCUUGCAUUGUUAGGGGCAAUUUCACAGUUUCCGUCUAUGUCGGUGCAGAACGUGCAUGAGCAAAUCCUCAAACUUGAAGAGCUUUGCCGGAAGUACGAGCAGUCCUCCCACAAAGAAGUUGAUCCAGAACUCAAGGCAGCAAUCUUGGUGCGAGCUCUUCCGGCUAGCAUCAAAACCCACGUGUCGCUGCAGUGCAAGGAGGAUGCUACGUAUGAGACAAUUCGAGAGACAGUCCUUCGGUAUGAGAGAACAACACAGAAAUGGACGAGCCAGAUUGUGUCGGGCGAAGAUAGUUCAGCUCCUAUGGAAGUGGAUCGGGUGAAAGGCCAUUGGUCUCGAGAAUGCUGGCAAAAUCCCGCGAACAAGAGAAAGGUGAACCAGGUCAACAAUGAGUCCUCAAACCUUGGGCCCCAGACUACCUCCUCAAGUGCAACCGCUACGGGGUCGGCAACCACCACGGGUUCGACAAAACCAUCAAGCAGCAGUGCAAGCAUCAAGCGAGUGUUCAACCUUGCAGAUGAUGAGAGUGUUCCGUUGUGCACUGUGUACCAGCUUCAUGACGAUGGCGAAGAAGAGAGAGAAGAAGAGAGCGAGUGGUGGUGUCGGUGUGUCACGGAGUACUUCGACAUUUCAGAUUCCGAAGAUGAAAUCCAGGAAACCACGGAUGAUGUGUGGGAAAGCUUUGACAUGACAGUCGAUGGUGCCCUUGAAGGUGAUGAGGUGUGGAUCAAGAACUUCGUUCGCAUGGUUGAUGAUAAUGAAGAGAGCCAAAGCAAAGAGCUAGGAGGCCAGUGUUGGGAGAUUGUCUUGGAUUCGGGCGCGGAUGUCUCGGUGAUGCCUGAGGCAUGGCUGUCGAAGGGUAGUGAACCAGAAGCUUCCCAAAGAAAUGUUCGCAUGUGUGAUGCUCAGGGAAGAUCAAUGCCCAAUUUGGGAAGCCGGUUGGUGACAUUAGACCUUGGCCCCGCGUGCAUCCAGGAGCAGUUCCAUGCAUCUUCGGUAGGUUCCCCACUUCUGAGCCUUGGGCGUCUGUUGAAGAAGGGUUGGUCCUUGGAAAGGAAGAACAAUGUCCUGUGCUUGUGUUGUGAAGAUGUGAGUGUGCCCGUGUCCUUCAAGAGAAAUUCCCUCGUGGUGGAAGCAUCGGUGUUCGCAGUCCGGGAGGCUUCCGAUGGGAGUCCCAGGAACCCAGCCGAAAGAAUCCAACCGCUACCAGAAGGUCGUCGAACUUUCGCCAAGUUGAACUUCGAUCCCGAAGAGUUAGCUGCUUCAGGAGAAGGGCAGGAGGAUGCUGAGGGGCGAAAGUGGACCUUUGUUGCAGGAGGGGAUCCAGUAUGCAUCUCGGUUGGCCUCAAGUUUGUGAAUCCAUCUCCUCCCCUUAACUUGGGUGUUUGGAAAUAUCGAACGACUUUGGUGAAAGUGGCUGGUCGGUGGGAACUCUUAGAGCUACAACAGAAUGUGAACAACUUGUCAAGUUGCGAUGAGUACCUUCCUGGCAUUCUGUAUGAAUCGAUGACGGUGACAGUGAUGCAAAGGACCUUGCGAUCGUUGGAAGCCACCGGGAUAAUCUUAGAAGAGACCUUGUCCCCAGCAAAUGCCGAAGCGCCCCAGCCUGAUGAAGGUGAAAAGACCAUCGAGACCUUGGGGGCCGAGAUCGGAAUGCCUGAUGAUGCCAAUCUGUCGGAUCCCGAGCCGAUGCCGGAGGUUGCGACCCCUGGUAUUCAGUUGGAGAGACCGAUUCCGGACAGCAUUGAGAUAGAGGGUUUGAACUAUGAUGCCAACUCGUCGGCGGCUGACUUGAAGAAAGCGUGUAAGCAUUUGGGUAUUGGAGCGAGUGGGUCAAAGACCGUGCUCUACAAGAGAUUGGUAAGGCAUUUGCAUCGUAGACAAGCUGAAGAUGACCUGAGUCUUCAAGAGGCAGCUCGGUUUCCUACCCGAGAUCCAAGGCCUGAACCUUCAGCACCAGAGACCCCAGAUGAGGCCACUGUGGCCCAACACAACCUGACUCACAUCCCCUUCCAGAAGUGGUGCCCGCUGUGCGUUGCAACAAGGUCCCGAAGAGAUAAACACAGUCCGCAUAGUGAAGCUCAUCGGUCUGAAGGUGGAUGGCCCUUGCUGUGCUUGGACUUCUUCUACUCCUCAGUGGAAGAAGAAACUUUGGAGUUCAUGAAAGCAAGCCCGGAAGAAGAGCCCCCGAACAAGCGCCUGGUGUUGACAUGUGUAGAUCGUGAGACAGGCAUGAUUCGAGCAAUCCCUUUACCUUCGAAGCAGACAAGCUCACUGCUGUAUGCAGCCCGGGAAGUGCUCUCUUUCUUGGCGUACUUGGGAAGAUCUGAGGCUGAAAUUCGAGCCGACAACGAGCCUUCGAUGCUGCACUUAGUUUCGCGCAUUGUGAAUGCCCGAACAAAGGUUGGCCUAGCUACUCGCCCCAGCCCUUCACAACCUUAUGAGCAUCCCACAAAUGGACCUGCAGAACAAUCAAUUCAAUCAGUGCGAGAUAUCGGGACUACUCUUCUUGAACAGGUUCGGAAAUGUGGGUUCAGAGUGACCGCUGAGAGCGACUUGGUGGGUUGGGCUUAUGUGCAUGCGUCGAUGCUCCACAACAUGUACGCAGUACAAGGAGGAAUGACGGCUUAUGAGCGAGCUUUCCAUGUGAAGUACACUGGGAAACUGGCGUGCUUUGGAGAAGCCGUAUACUUCGCACUGGCGAGUCCUCACGUCAAGAAGGGAAAGCCAAAAUUCGUCAAAGGGUUGUUCUUGGGCAAGACUCUCCAGAACGAUAUGUACAUAUGCGGGACGGCGUUGGGGGUCUAUGUGGCUUCGACAAUCCGACGGUUGCCGCAAGAUCAGGCAUGGGACAAAGUAGUCCUCAAGGAAUUCCAAGGGAAGCCAUGGAAGUAUGGGUUGGUAUCUGCAGGAACGAAGCUUGUCCCUGGUUUGAAAGAUCGUCUUCCACAAAGUGUGGAGUCUUUGCCUCUACCUCUUCCCACUCCCGUUCCACUACCACAAGAAAGCCCUGGGGAUGAGGCUGCCUCCGAUCCCUCCGAGAGUUCUUCCGAGAGUUCGACAACAAAGAUGAGCAGUUCAGGAGAGGCUCCAGUGAAGAAGGUGCGAGCUGUCCGGGUAGGCGAAGAAGAGUAUCAUGUCGGGGAUGAAGAUCUUGAUGAUUGGUUUGAGGGACUUCAGUUUGAUGCGAAAUUCUUGGAUGAAGAUCUUCCAGAUUUCAGUCCUGAAGAAGAAGGUCUUGAAAACUUACGAUCAGAGAAUUCCGAAGCUGAGGGGCCACCGAUCCUCACCGAAGAGCAAUUGGAGGUAGUGGAAGAGGAGUCAAAAGCCACAGAGCUGAAUCGGUUGCUGAGCAUGGGAGUCUUGGUGGAAGUCCAGUACGUUUUGAAGUGCCUCCCGGGGCAACAGAUCGCGCCGGUGUACUGGCACGAGCAACUGAGUGGAGAUCUUCGCGAAGCUGGGAUGGAGAGUAACCUUGCUUGCCCGGUAGUCUUUGGGGGUCCACAGAAAGGAACAACGAUUCAUGUGGAUGAUGGCUUGAUGGGGGGAACCGCAAAGGCACUGGAUGAGGUGACCAAUGUCUUGAAAUCCAAGUAUAAGUUGGAAGUUUCGGACCCUUUGCGCCGCCCAGGUGAUCGACUUCGGUUCCUGAAGAGAACGUUCGAGGUGGUGGAAGAAGGACUUCAAAUCUCUGUGGAUCCUAAGUAUCUCGAGAAGGUCGUAGAGAUCUUGGGGAUCACUCACCCGAGAAGUCGAAAGGUCCCUUCGACUCAAGAGAUCCGAGCCAGUGAUGAUUCCCCACCAUUGUCCCCGGCAUCCGCGGUUCAGUACCGAGUCUUGCCCAGCCUUUGUACUCCCAGGGACGACGCAUUGAGCCAGUUCCACGUGCCGGGCAACCUCUGCCCGUUCCUGUUUCGGCAGUCCUUCGCAGAAUCCAACCAACAGCGGCAAAGUAGUUCAUCGUUUCUCUUGAAAGCUGCCCCGAAGCGAAAGCCAGCAAAGGCGGCCGAUCCCCACCAUCCCAAGUUCCAGCAGAUUGCAGGUUUCUCCCAGAUGGCCUUGUCACUGUUUUGGGGUGUGCUUGUUUUUAUGGGUGAUUGUAGUGGAUUGUUCAAGCAGAUUCAGUGCUCCGAAUUUGCCAGUCAUCACACCUCGCGAAUUCUUUCCGGGUAUGCCACGAACACGGUGCUCCGUUACCUGGCAGCUUGGUCACACUUUGUGGCGAACCUUGAAGGGCUAGGCCUCUGUUUUGGCAAUCUUGAUAGUGUUAUGAUGGCAGACAUACUAGUCACCAUGUCCCUUGAGAAGCAUGGUAUUCUGUCUCGUGGGACGCAUUCUUGGGUUAGCAAAUACCUGCAUGCCCUUGACAGGCUAGCUACAAUGCAUGUUCGAAACCACCCAGAUUCGUGGCUUCCAUCGUUCUUGCUUCCAGCAGUGCAAGGCGACAGCUUCAUGUUGCCCCUGCAAGCUAUGUGCUAUGCUGAGGCGCUGAGGUGGUUGAGGCAUUUUCUCCUCAUGCCUUGGGCGUCCGCACCACCAGAGGUACCGCCCCUCAAUUUCACAGUGCACAGUCUCAAGGCCACUAUGCUUUCCAUGUCCCUUCAAGUCAAUGUUGAUGAGGUUGAUAGGAAACGUCAAGGGCACCACCGCAUAAGCAGCUCCGCUCUUUAUUCCCGUGAUGAUGUUCAUGGCAUGCUUCGGUGCCAAUCUUGCAUUCGUGAUAGCAUCCGCACAGGCUUCCGAUUUUUGGUCCCCCAGCACAGAGGAGGGCAGCAGCCCUUGACACCAGCGUACAUCCCGCCGGAAGCCUUCUCUAAGGACUACGAGUUUGAACCCUUCCAGUGGUUCUCGUUUCAACUUGAUGGCAGUGACGAUUUGCUUCAAAGCAGUAAUGGGAGUUGGGAGGUCGCAGAAAAUCAAAUAGUCACCCCUGAUCCAGAUAUAGAGGCGCUGGACAAAGAUCUCGUGUACCACUCCGACCCAGGAUCUUCAGAUGAGAGCGAGGAGGAACCUUCGGCACCCCCGGCCGAAGAGCACGACUUAGGUGAGCCUGAGGAAUUCUUGCUGGGCUCCUGCACCGCGGUGUUGCAUGUGCUCUGCCCUUCAGAUGCUUUGUCAGGCACUCUUGUCAAUGGGACAUAUAUGCGUGCAAAGUGUGGUGCCACUCUUCCGGCCGAUCGGCUCAUGAUCCACACGUCAGAAGGCUUGGCAGCAGAGGUCAUCAAAGUGGCCACGGAAGGGGGCUGGACAGCCUCGGCGUUCAAACACGUUGUUGAAACUCAGGCAGAAGUUGAGGGAGCCAUCCCCGAGAUCUUCCCAGGUCAGAUUUUGUCUCGGUUGCAGAUAGCCCAGAUCAAAGCAGCGUGGGCGGGCAUGCAAACAUCCAGUUCCUCUAGUGCUCUACCGGCCCCUGUCAACGCAGAUCCUACUUUGGAGACAUGGGUAGAGAGUUUUGCUCCCAAAAUUGCAUCCACGAAGCUGUCCGAAAUGAAGCGCCAAUUCCUUGCAAAUUACCCAAGUGAGGUCUUGAAUCCAUCUACUCUACCCUCUUUGAGGCUGAUUUCCCUCGCAGCUCAUCAAGAGGCACGUUCGGAGUAUAAAUGGAUAGCUUGGAAACAUCGCAUGACGGAAGAGAAAGCUUCGGAGUUGUUAAUUGCCAGACCCCACAAACAGCCCAAGCUCGAAAUGCUGGGUCUUUCCAGCUUGCUCCUUGAUGAUCCGCCUACAAUCGAAGUGACCGAUGCCAAUAUGGGUAUCAGUGGCAUCCAGCGAAUCUUGGCAGUGCAUGACGUUGCGUUGGCCAUGGUUGGCUCUGCUCACCUUGCCCGCCUUAAAGCCUACAGCUGCAAGUUCGUCCAGCUUGUGUCCCAGCGUUUCGACCCAACAUCAGGCCUGCGUGCACCGACAAUCCUAGAAGCGCAACAGGCAGAUUGUCGGAUUUGGCAGAGCAUCCAUUCUUUAGUCAGUGAGAAAGCUUGGAGCUUGAAUGACGCGUUGCAUGAGUUCACUGAAAUCAGAGGUGAGCUUAGCACCUUGCUGCAGGCUCGUCCGAAAGCUUUGUUCAUCCCCCGCGGCCCCGAUCUCAAAGGCAAGGGGAAGCAGGUCGGCCAAUGGAAAGGCCUCGGCAAGGGCCAGGGCCGGGGCAAAGAAAAGGGCGGUAAGCCCAAGGGCGCUCCAGGGAGACACAUCACCUUCGUGAAAGAGAUCCAAGUGGGAUCUGAGAAGAAAGGGCUGUGUGUCCAGUGGCAGAUUGGCCGCUGCACAAGGGGAGGCUCCUGCCCCUUUGUUCAUGCAUGUGCAUACCCCAAGCAGGCAGGUGCAAAUCGUGUUGCUGGGUAUGAUAUCCAGCCGGCAGCUCGGCCAGCCGAGCCUGUAAAUGUGCUUCCGAAAUCGGUCUCCUUGUUGGAGACAAAUGCUGGGCCUGUGUCGUCGCCAGCAGUGCAAUGUCCUCAGGGCAACAUCCCUUCACAACCCGUGUUGGGUGAUGUCACGUGCAACAUGCCUGGUCGUUCCAGGCAUUACUUUCUGCCUCUUGGCCUCCACGCGUGCUUCCAGCCAGGUGAGACUUGGAAUGCCUUGUGUGUCAGCAGGAACAUUUUGACGUCCCCGCACAAGGACACAGCAAAUUCGCCGGGGUCGUCAAAUUUGACAGUGGGGAUAGGUUCGUACUCGGAUGGAGGCCUUUGGGUCGAGGACCAAGCAGGCACUGUACCGCAGUUCAUCCCCAAGCUUGGGGUGACUCUCCCGGGCAAGAUCGUCACAACGCAUCAUGCGCCGUUUAAGUUCCCCGUACACCUUUGGCACUGCACCCAACCGUGGCUUGGCGAUCGAUGGGUGCUGACUGCCUUUACCCUCCCAGGUGCUAUGUCCUGGGAAGAAUCGUACGUUCAAGGCUGGUUGCACUGUGGGUCUACAGCCCUCAUUGUCCUCCCGGCCUGUGCUUUUGGGGAGAACUGGGCAAAAACUUGGCUGUUUGCAUCGAGCUUUCAAGCCCUGUCCGUGAUGGGGCAGACGUGUCAACACGGACGCAAUGCACAUGAGUCCGUGCAGGGACGUGAGAGUGAUGGUUCGUUCAAAAGUCGUAAGACCGCUAAGUACCCCCAAUGCCUGGCGGAAGAAUUCGCGUUGCACAUCAGGCCGCUUCUUGCAGGUGCACAGAUUGAACACACUCUUGCCACCGCGUCAGCUUUAGUACCUGUCAAGGCCCUGGAUGUUGGACCGUGGGUAAUCCACGAUGGGGCAGGUCGCCACUCUUGUGGGGAUUGGAGCACCCCAUUGUGCCGGGAUAAGCUCAAAAAUCUUCGGACAUACCUUCUGGGGAAAGUUUGUGACAUGCAGGGCCCCAAACGCCUGCUUGCUAAAGCCACUUGGCCCAAUCCUGAACCCCUCUUCACCACUUCGGAGGUGCAAGAUGCGCGCAAAGACUUCUUCUCCUGCUUAGGUGUGGCAACAGAUGCAAAUACAUGGAAGGUCCGUGAGCAUCAACCCUUGCAUCUGCAUGCGCUUGAGGCACUUGCCUGUUUUUGUGGUGAUCCAGAUGUGAGUCUUUGCAAAUCCCUGUUGCAAGGCGUCCCCACGGGGUACAACAACGAUAUCCCAGUGUCAAAUUGUUUUUGGCCGAAUCAAAAAGAGAACCUUGAGGAUGUAUCAUUGUCCAUCCACAUGCAGAAUUGGCGCUCGGCCUCAGUGGAUUUGUCCGUGACCCAAGCCUUGCUGCAGGAGGAGUUAGAUCAGGGUUUUUGCUUCAAGUUUGAUGGCGACAUUGAGGCAGCUAAGGCAAAGUGGCCGGGUACACUGGCAAUAGGCAAGCUCUCCGUGGUCCGUGCGCCCAAUCGUUCUGAGAGGUUGGAUUCAUCUUCCGCCCGGGCCGUGAUGGCCAAGGCGGGGGUAUCUCGACUGAGACACCUGGACGUGAGGGCUUGGAAUGGUCGGCAAGCUGAUGGUGACCUCUGUUUCGAAAGAAAGCUUGGUGGUUGGAGUGGCAGUGGUCAUGCUGGUGUUGGGCAUCGGCAUUGGAGCGAUAACUGCUUCAACGAGAACUUCGUCUUCACCGCGAGCUACGCCAACGAGAACUUCGUCUUCACCGAGAGCUACCUCACCGCGAGCUACUUCAGCGAGAACUUCGUCUUCACCGAGAGCUACCUCACCGAGAGCUACCUCACCGAGAACUUCGUCUUCAUUGAGAGCUACCUCAGCUACGACAGCGUCUUCGGCAAACACUACUUCCGUGAAUGA